AUCCUGCCAAGGCAGCUAGCAGUUGGUUUGUGAAACCUGCAAGAGCCACAAAGACGAGAGGGAGGCGUCUGCUGCGUCCCUGGGUCGUUUCAAAGUUGCCUUUAAAACAUCGUAAGAUUAAACAACCGCUAGUUAUGGCAGAGGGAGACAACAAAAGCGCGAACGUACUCGCCCAGGAGACGGCCCAGCUGGAGGAGCAGCUGCAGGGCUGGGGAGAGGUGAUCCUGGCUGGGGACCAGGUGCUGCGCUGGAAGAAACCAUGGUUCCCUGCAGCCCUGAUGGCAGCCACCACACUGCUCUUCAUGAUGAUCUACUACCUGGACCCAUCGGUGCUGACCGGCCUGUCCUGCUCUAUCAUGCUGCUGUGUCUGUCUGACUACCUGGUGCCCACCCUCGCCCCCCGCGUCUUCGGAUCCAACAAGUGGUCUUCAGAGCAGCAGCAGCGUUUCCAUGAGAUCUGUGGUAACCUGGUGAAGACUCAGCGUCGUGUCCUGGGCUGGUGGAAAAGACUCUUCGCCCUCAAGGAGGAGAAACCCAAGAUGUACUUUGCGUCGGUGAUCAGCAGUCUGGUGACGGUGGCCUGGAUGGGACAGCAGGUCCACAACCUUUUCCUCACCUACCUGAUUGUGAGUUUCCUGCUCCUGCUUCCUGGUCUGAACCAGCAUGGCGUCAUCAACAAGUACGCUGGCAUGGCCAAGAGAGAGAUCAACAAACUGCUGAAACAGAAGGAGAAGAAGAAUGAAUAGAAAGAAAGAGGAGAAGAAGAAGAAGAAGAGGGGAUCUGUGAGACGAACGAGAGAAAAGACGAAGAAGAAACCAGUAGAUCGAACGUAAAAGAAAAGCUUCAACUAAGUACUUUUGUACUUCCUCAGUCUGCUCAGACCAACUCUACACACGCUCUCUCCCCCCCUUGACCUCUGACCCCUGUCACCUAACCAACCAAUCACCUGGCGGGAUUUGUUUUUCAACAGGAAGUGUUUUCCCACCUGUCCUCACACGCAUGCAGUCAGUCGCCACGUCGGUCAGGGCUUUAGUUCACCAGUAGACCACACUGAAACGUUACAACGCACACACACGUGUGUCUGUCUCUAGAUCCUGUAGGAACGUGUUUAAGAUGCCAGUCACUGUCAGUAAUACUCUAGUGAGAAAGACCACUGAACAGAAACCUCUAGCAAUAUUGCGUAUGAUUAUUAUCAAACACCCCACACAUGUAAUACCAUCACAAAACAAUAUAUAAUACAACUCAAUCUCCCAGUGAGGAUGGUUAGUGUAAUGGACAUACUGAUGAGGGGUAGGUAGUGUCAGUAUUGUUUCAGAAGGCUGUUGUUGCCACCGCUCCUUUACCUUUUUAGAUCCCUGCUUCUGUCUAAUUUUUAAGAUUGCACUGAAACUGUAAAAGAAACUGGAGUUUAGAGUAGAGAAGCAGACCUAGGUUGACGUCCCAAAUGGCACCCUAUUCCCUACACAGUGCACUACUUUAGACGCUCUGGUCAAAAGUAGUGCACUAUCUAGGGAAUAGGGUAGGGUGCCAUUUGGGACUCGGGGGCCUAGUCUCUGGUGAUGUUUGGAAUAUAUAUAUAUAUAUAAUGCUGGUCUGCGUCUGAAAUGGCACCUUAUUCCCUCUGUAGGGCACCACCCCUAUAGGCCCUGGGCAAAAGUAGGGAAUAGGGUUCCAUUUGAAGACUCAACCCUGGUGUGAGCUGAGACUGGUUCAGGCCCGUACAUAGACACAGGUCUAGGAUCAGCGUAACCUGCCCCCUACCCAUGACCUUACUGAUUUAGGGGGAGGAACACCAAUCUGGCCUUGGAUCAGUGUCUAGUCCAGGUGGACUUGAUCCUACUAUAGAACCACUGCUGUAACGCUGCUAGCUGGACCUGCUAGAGUCCUUUAGCUGUCCCUCUAGCCCUCUGUCUCUCUGGUCGGGGGGCUGGGCUAUGAUUGUAAAUACGCCAAUCCUCUCUCUCUCUCUCUCUGUCUUGUCUGUCUGUUUUUAUCCUUUACCUAUCUCGCUGUUCCUCCUCCAUUUCAUCUGUUUGUUUUUUUGACUUCUCUACAAAGAAUUAAUAAAGUCUGAUUUUGAAAGCUC